GAGCAGCCCGGUGCGGGUGGAGAUUUCUUGCCCUGGGAGUGAGAUGAAUGGGGCUUCCUUAGACAAAGGGUCCCAGUCAGCGUUUCAGGCCCCGAGACGCGUCCAGGGACUUUUCAUUCUUUGUCUGAAAGGGCGACGGUGCCGUUUCCAUUAGAGAGAUGCUUGCGAGAGCCGGUGCCGCCGAGCGGAAAGGCGAGCAAGAAGAGCUGUGUCAGCUGAUCGGCUUUCAAAUCACCUUCAAACCCUCGAUUUCCUUAACAUGAUCCCUCCAUCAGCCGAGUCUCCGGGGCACGACCGGGGGGCUUUGCCGGCAGGAGAAUAAACCGGGGACGACGGCGACAGCCAGCGCUGGAGGAACCCCCUGUGCACGGCGGAGGGGGGGGCUCCAAAUCCGACCCCGCCGCCUUCCCCAGCUCUCCCAGACUUUUUAGGAUCGGGCAAUAGCUUUGCACGGCCUCACCCUGCAGCCCCCGCCACGCUUUUGGGGAACCUGUCUGCUCCCCCAGGACACCCCAGGAGCCGCCUCUAUCCCGGGGAGGGUGGCAAGACCCCUCCUCGGGGCAUUCCUGGGGCCGGAGAGCAGCUCCCCUGCUGCCGGGGAAGGGAUGAAGACGCUAUGGCCAAAUUAUUGGUAAAACUCCAGCGGUAUUUUCGGCGAAAACCCGUGCGUUUCUUCACGCUGCUGGCUCUCUACCUGGCGGCCGGCAGUUUGGUUUUCCUGCACUCGGGCUUCACCGGGGAGCCCACGGUGACGGGGAGCCAGCGCAGCCCCGGGGCUGGCGAGGGGCCAGGGCUGCCCUACCUGGGGGUGAUGCAGCUGAGCCGCGGCUUCAAGGCGGCGGCGACGAUGCCGGAGGGGGGACGGCGGCACGGACCCUGGUUCAAAAGCACCUCCAAGGAACCGGCGGAGAGGGGCAAAGCCGGAGACUAUGGCAGCACCCGGAGCCGGGCACUCAGGGGCAGGAGCGGCCGCGAGAAGGAGGAGGACAGAGCAAGAUACAUCGGCUGCUACGUGGACAACACUCGCCGGCGAACGCUGCGCGGCGUGUCCUUCUUCGACUACAAGAAGAUGACAGUCUUCCGUUGCCAGGACAACUGUGCCGAACGGGGUUACCUCUAUGCGGGGCUGGAAUUCGGCGCCGAGUGCUACUGCGGGCACAAGGUCCAGGCACCGAACGCCAGCGAGUCCGAGUGCAACAUGGUGUGCAAGGGGGAGCGGAGCAACGUCUGCGGCGGGGUCAACCGCCUCUCCAUCUACCGCCUGGAGCUGGCCCAGGAGUCGGCCCGGAGAUAUGGCAGUGCAAUAUUUCGGGGGUGCUUCCACCGGCCGAACAACAUCUCCAUCGCCUUACCCGUCAGCCAGCUCAUGCUGAACAUGUCAGUGGACAAGUGCGUGGAUUUCUGCACCGAGAAGGAGUACCCGCUGUCUGCCCUGGCCGGGACCGCCUGCCGCUGCGGCUUCCCCACCACGCUCUUCACCCUGCACGAGCGCGAGGACGAGCAGCUCUGCGCCCAGAAAUGCGCCGGCGAGGAGUUCGAGAGCUGCGGCACUGCUGAAUACCUCCUCGUCUACCAGACCCAGGUGCAAGACAACCGCUGCAUGGACCGGAGGUUUCUCCCCACCCGUGCCAAGCAGCUGGUGGCCCUGGCCAGCUUCCCCGGUGCCGGCAACACCUGGGCUCGCCACCUGAUCGAGCUGGCCACCGGCUUCUACACCGGCAGCUACUACUUUGAUGGGUCUCUCUACAACAAAGGGUUCAAGGGCGAGAGGGACCACUGGCGAAGCGGGAGGACGAUUUGCAUCAAGACUCACGAGAGUGGCCAGAAGGAGAUCGAAUCCUUUGAUUCGGCCAUCCUGCUCAUCCGAAACCCCUACAAGGCCCUGAUGGCAGAGUUCAACCGCAAAUACGGGGGACACAUCGGCUUCGCCGCUCACGCCCACUGGAAGGGCAAAGAGUGGCCAGAGUUUGUGGCAAACUACGCGCCGUGGUGGGCUACCCACACCCUCGACUGGCUGCGCUACGGCAAGAAGGUGCUGGUGGUUCACUUCGAGGACCUGAAGCGGGACCUCUUCGUCCAGCUGCAGCGGAUGGUGGGGCUGCUGGGCAUCGCCGCCUGCGAGGACCGGCUGCUCUGCGUCGAGGGACAGAAGGACGGCAACUUCAAGCGAUCCGGCUUGAGAAAAUUGGAGUACGACCCCUACACCCCCGAGAUGAGGAAGAUGAUCAGCGGCUACAUCAGAACGGUGGACACGGCUCUGAAACUCCGAAAUCUCUCGGGGGUGCCGGAUGAUUAUUACCCGAGAUGAUGGUGACGAGGGCGGGGGGGCCUGACCCUGCGUGGCGAGGAAAGGCUCGGUCUUCCCAGCCUCUGCCUACUUCCACCCAGUGGGUGGCUUUUCUUUUUAAGUCUCCAUCUGCUGCUAUUAGCUGUUAAUCAACUCCCUGCAUGAGCAACGAACGGUCCCCAGCCAUCGCUGAGCUUGCUUGGCCGACGCCGAUGCGGACCCAGGCGCGGCGGCACCGCCGAGGGGAUGCAGGGACCUUCCCCACCGCGGGAUUCCUGCUCCAUCCCGCUCCUCUUCGGGCUGCCGCAACCCUCCCUGGCAACGCAACGGGUUAUUUGUGCCCAUCCCCUGGGGGGACGCUGCGUUGCUUGUGCUGUGCCUGACACACACGCCCCGUCCCCCCUCCCCGGGCACCGCCGCGGUGCCGCAGGAGCUGAGCUCCCCCGGGGUGGGUGUCCCCAAAUUUCUGUCGCUCCUUGGCCAGCUCUGGAAGGCUGCUGCCCGUCCCCGGAUGGAGCCCAUCGCCCUUCCCAAGGGAGGAGAGACCAAGGAGGGGGUUGGCACCACAUGGGUGAUGCUCCCGUGGAUCCCAGUUGGAGUUUAUGGAAAUGGAGAAGGCUGCGCUGGGGAGAGCGCUGCGUCCCGGUGAGGUGGCUGUGUCCCCCCCGCACACCCUCCCUUGGUUUCUUGGGGACCCUCCCCGAGCCUGAGGACAGGGGGUGUCCCCAGGACAAGGCCGGUGUCCCCAGCCACAGCACCGGGCAGCGUUGCUGCUCUGUCCGUGCGGUCACUGCUCCAGCCCGGCUGCGCCGGGGAGGGGCCCGUGACCCCCACCCAAGGGGGGGCUGUGGGUGGGAGCCACCCCCAUGCCUGUGGGUGAUGCCUGAGAGGGCAGCGUUGGCCCUGGACAGAAGAGCUUACGGGACCCACAAGCUCGUCCGUGCCUCAUUCCAAAAAUUUACAAACCAGAAGAGCCCCCCCAGAAGCAGUUUUGGGGGCCACGAGCAGGGAACACGCUCCAGCCCAGCCGCAUCAAACGCCCCCAGCAGCGGGGAGCAAAUCCCGGGGCUGUUUUAGGUGUCCCUCCAGCCGAAUCCAGUCCUGCGCCAGGCCCCCUCGCUUUGCCCGCGCCCUCGCCCGCUGCCUGUCAACGAGCAAGCGAAACCAAAGGAUCUCCGUGCGCGUCGGGACGACGCCGUUCGCCGGGCUGGCUUUGUGCAGAGCUGCAUGCGGUUCCCCAGCCGUCACCCCCCCAUCCCUCCCCGUCCUGGCUUUGCCGCAAACAAGCUCCCACCCCUCCUUCCAACCUGCAAGUCCCCUUUGGAUGUAGGUGCAAAAAGCCAUAAUAUUGUACGCAGCCUUUUCUAGAGUUAGGUGUUCAAUGAUUGGCUUUUAACUCUUGAUCUUGACAGAAACACAUGCACAGGUCGAAAUCUAGCGACACCGCUCAAUCUAUAUUCAAAGAGAGAGAGAAGAAAACUCCUCGGAGAAAAAAGGAGAAUUUAAAUAAAAUAUAUUUUUCUAACAUGCGUGCGGAGCGGACACGGGCAACGAUGCCAAGGCUGGGGGGCUCCCGGUCCCCGUUUCUUUGCACGGAGGUGGAUGAAUGUGUUUAUAGGGAGCAGCUGCCCUGUUUUUAACUCUUCCCUUGACAAACGGCUGGAGGUUUUCUAGCAGAGCGGGUGAGCCCCGUCCCGGCAGUGGGGAUCGAGCUGACCCCACGCUCCUUCGCUCACAGUGGCCCCGGGGCUGCCUACCUCGGUCAGAACAAAUCCUCAGGUCAAUCCAGCUAUUAAAGGAGAGUUUUUGUUGC